CCCAAAGCUGCCGGUAUUGGCAGAAAAUCGCCGGAGCAAAGUGCUUUCAAAUACGCUCACACUCAUAAAUGGGAAUUUUAUUUUCGUUUAUUGGUAAUGUAUUUGCACGCGCGCGGCAGAAUGACUGUGCAUCGGUGGAGUCGUGCAUAAAAACUUAAUUAAAGUAUUCUAUUAUUCUAAGUGUUUAAAGUGUGCGGGUCAAAAAGUAAAAAAAAAAUAUUAAUAAUAAAUGCGAAUAAUUAAAAGGCAGUGUGCCAAUGAUUAGAUAGUGUUUGCGUCACAGUAUAAAUCGUUGUGAAAUGAAUAAGCACUUGUAUUUGUUGUUGGAUGUAAACAAAUUGCCUUAGGAAUAAAUCAAUAGCCAAGGUGCAUUGUUGUGUUUGUUUUCGACUUUCUUGGCGGUAUAAAAUUUGGUUGCAAGCAGACAUUUCCGUGAGAAUGGACUCACCAACACCGCCAAUUGUAAUCGACGAUCCAAACGGUUCAGCAAUGGAUGCUUGCUUCACCGCUUUCGAUAAGGACGGCGAUGACCGUCUGAAUUUGGCCGAAUUUACACUCAUCUGUCGGGCAUUAUUCCGAAACGAUAAGGGGCACAUUUACGAUGUGCCAGCUGAACGGCUGCAGGAGAUUUUCGAAGUAUUCGAUACCGAUGCUGAUGGCUACAUAGACAGGGAGGAAUUUAAGUUCUGCUGGAAUCGUUGGAUUAAAACCAUUGUGCGACCGGUGAACGCUUUCCUCAUUGUUGAUGUACAAAAUGAUUUUAUAAGUGGAUCCUUGGAUAUAAGUAAUUGCAGUGCACAGCAAAAAGGACAUGAGAUUUUGGAGCCCAUCAACAAUUUGCUGGAAAUCGUGGAGUUCGAUGCCAUUUUCUAUUCGUUGGAUUGGCAUCCAAGCGACCAUGUCUCGUUUAUUGAUAAUGUGAAAAUGCGUCCCAUGGAUGAGUCGUCGCCGGUCGACGCAGACUCAGCGCAAGUUUUCGAUACAGUUAUCUUUGCCGGUCCACCGCCGAUGAAGCAACGUUUAUGGCCACGCCACUGCGUACAGGAUUCGUGGGGUGCCGAGCUACAUAAGGACUUAAAAGUAGUGGACAAUGGUAUUAAAAUUUAUAAAGGCACAAACCCCGAAGUCGAUUCAUAUUCCGUUUUCUGGGAUAAUAAGAAGCUCUCUGACACAACACUGAAUGCCCAGCUCAAGAUGAAAGGCACAACGGAUAUUUAUGUCUGCGGACUGGCAUAUGAUGUGUGUGUGGGUGCAACCGCUGUCGAUGCCUUGUCCGUUGGCUAUCGUACCAUUUUGAUUGACGACUGUUGUCGCGGCACUGAUUUCCACGAUAUCGAACACACUAAAGAGAAGGUGAUAAGCAAUCAUGGUGUGGUGGUGCACUCGAAUGAGGUGCGUGGCAUGAUCGAAGGCCGCGAUCGACGCCCAGAGCUGGGCUACAAACUGGCUAUGGAACUUAAGAAUCCCGACUCUGCACUGUCACAGCGCAAUGGCAUACGUCCAAUCGAUUAAACAUCGAUUAGAUGACAUACGUAUGUAGUUAGCAAAAGACCUCCGAGGCAUAAGUACAACAACAACGCAACUAUUCCAGUAUCCUAUGAAAACGCUUAACCAAAUGGCUUCAAAGACAUGCACCAGGAACAUGCACUUAUUCUAAAGGCAUCUAAAUGAAAGCCAGUAGAAAAAAGAAAAAUUACGAGUUUCAAGCAACAAACUCAAGUUGAUAUGAGAUAGAAUAUUUAAAUGACAACAAAAAUCCGAAUAUUUAGUAGUGGCUUAGCUUUUAAUGGAUUAGAUUACUUAAUUUAUUUUAACUUUUAACAAACAAAUAAAAAGCAUAUUAUUUAAA